AUGGGAGCCACUCCUUUCCACCCCUCGAUCCUCAAGGUCCGACUCCCGAGAAACUUUGACAAGCCGACGGACAUGAUGUACGAUGGGACUAAGGACCCCCAGGAGCAUAUCACAGCCUUUGAAGCAAGGAUGAACUUGGAAGGGGUAGGCGACACGGUCAGAUGCCGGGCAUUCCAUGUGACGCUAGCCGGCCUAGCGAUUCGAUGGUUCAACGCCCUCCCACAAGGUUCCAUCACAGUUUUCGUAGACAUAUCCCAGAGCUUCCUGGCUCGGUUCACGACACGCAUAGCCAAGGCAAAACACCCAAUCAACUUAUUAGGGGUUACCCAAAAGCCCGGGGAACCGACCAGGAAGUUCCUGGACAAAUUCAACGAUGAGUGCUUGGAGAUCGACGGCCUUACAGACUCAGUCGCCAGUCUCUGCCUGACGAAUGGCCUGCUAAACGAGGACUUUAGGAAGCACCUCACCACUAAGCCUGUCUGGUUCAUGCAAGAAAUCCAAAGCGUGGCCAAGGAAUACAUCAAUGAUGAGGAAGUGAGUCAGGUUGUAGCAGCCAACAAGCGGCAGCUCCCAAACCCCUCAGUUCGGCAGGCCCCUCAGUUCGAAAGACAUAAAGAGGCUCCCAGGGACGGCACCCUAGCCAAGCAACCCAAGCAACCCCCACGAGUAGGAAGGUUCACAAAUUACACGCCAUUCACGGCGUCCAUAGUAGAGGUUUACCAGCAAAUUGUAGACAAAGGAAUCCUAUCCAGACCCAGACCAUUGAAAGAAAGAACGGGAGGCAACAAAAGCCUUUAUUGCGAUUAUCACAAGGGGUUUGGUCACAAAACCCAGGACUGCUUCGAUCUCAAAGAUGCCUCAGAGAAGGCCAUCAGAGAAGGAAAGCUGAGCGAAUUCUCCCGGCUCAUCAGAGAACCGAGAAGACGAGAACGAGAGCACUCUGAGGAAGAUCGUAGCCGAACUGUCAAGUCAAGGCAAGAACCCAUGGAGGAUGCCAAUAACCCCCCAACCUUUGUGGUCAACAUCGUGGUCGGGCGCGACAGCCCCCCCAAAUCCAAAUCGGCAGCAAAGAAGGAUACCCGGAUACUCUCCAUCUCGACAGAAGGCCCCAUCGCCAGCAAAAGAUCUCCCACAAUAUCCUUUGGCCCAGAGGAUAAAUGGUUUCACGAUCUCCCUGAGAACCCCCCAUGGUAG